AUGCCAAGUUUUUCAUGUGAUAAGUGUGGAACUGUUAUUGUAAAAAAAAAUGUUAAUUUCCACAGAUGUUGGCCUACUGAAUAUUCAUGUGUUCAAUGUUGUAAAAGAUUAACCUUUGAAGAAGUAAAGUUACAUUCUGUUUGUAUUUCAGAGGAGCAAAAAGUUCAAGGUAAAUUAUUUAGAGGAAAGAAUAAUCAACAGCAACAACAACAACAACAACAACAAAAGAGAAAAUUAGAAGAGGAGCAAAAGAAAAAAGAAGAGGAAGAAAAGAAAAAGAAAUUAAAGGUUGAAAGUGAUUCAUCAGACUCAGACUCAGACUCAGACUCAUCAGAUUCAAGUGAUAGCGAAGUUGAAAAAAAAGAUAAAAAGAAAAAACAAGAAGAAAAGAAAAAAGAAAUUAAAAAGAAAGAGAGUGACCAAGAAACCUCAGACUCAUCAGACUCAUCAGAUUCAUCAGAUUCAAGCGAUAGUGAAGAUGAAAAAAAGAAAUUAAAAGAAACUAAAAAGAAAGUCGAAAGUGAUUCAGAUAGCAGUGAUUCAUCAUCAGAAUCUGAAGAUGAAAAGAAAGAUACCAAAACUAAAGCAGUAACUAAAGACAGUGAUAGUGAUAGUGACAGCGACAGUGAUUCAUCAGAUUCAGAAUCCGAAGAUGAAAAGAAAAAAGAUUCAACAACUAAAGCCAAAGCUAAGGAAUCAGAUGUAUCAUCAAGCGAUAGUGAUUCAUCAGAUUCAGAAUCUGAAGAUGAAAAGAAAAAAGAAUCCAAUGCCAAGAGUAACAAGGUUGUAAAAGAUAGUGACUCAGAUAGUAGUGAUUCAUCAGAUUCAGAUUCAGAUUCAAAUAAAAAAAAGGUAGCAGCAAAAGCUAAAGAUUCAUCAGAUUCAGAUUCAGACUCAUCCGAUAGUGAUAGCGAAGAUGAAAAAAAAGUUAAAAAAGCCGAAUCAAAGGAUGUAAAGAUGAAAGACAGUGAUGAUUCAUCCUCAGAUUCAGACAGUGAUUCAGAUGAUGAAAAGAAACCAAAAAAAGAAACCAAAAAAAAUGAUAAAGAUAGUGAUUCAUCAAGCUCAGAUAGCGAUUCCUCAAGUUCAGAUAGCAGCGAUGAUGAAAAACCAGUAAAGAAAGGAACCAAAGUAGAAUCUAAAAAAGAAAGUGAUAGUGAUUCAUCAUCAUCAUCAUCAUCAUCAUCAUCAUCAGAAUCAGAAUCAGAAUCAGAACCAGAAACUAAAAAGUCUGCAAAUAAAAAAGAAGAAUCAUCAGACAGUGACUCCUCAUCAGAUUCAGAACCAGAAUCUAAACCAAAAAAGAAAGAUGUAAAAAAGAGUGAUAGUAGCGAUAGCGAUUCAUCAAGCGAUAGCGAAAGUGAAAGUGAAAGUGAAAAGAAAGAUAAUAAAAAACAAGUUAAAGAAGUUAAAAUGAAAGAUAGUAGUGACAGCAGCAGUAGUGAUAGUGACAGUAGCAGUAGUGACAGCGACAGUAGCAGUAGUGAUAGCGAUUAA